AUGGCUGCAGAGCAGCGGAAGCUGUUGGAGCAGCUCAUGGGAGCUGACCAGCUAAUUGGAGGGCCCAGUUCUGGUAGAAAUGCCCAGGUUGCAAUCACUGACCCCAAAGUCUGCCGUUCUUAUCUGGCCGGUACCUGUCCUCAUGAUCUCUUCACCAACACCAAACAAGACCUUGGGCCGUGUCCAAAACUUCACAGUGAAGGGUUGAAGGCAGAGUACGAUGCCGCAUCAUCACAUGAUAAAGCUAAAUGGGGGUUCGAAUAUGACUACUUGAGAGAUAUGCAGAAAUACAUCGAUGAAUGCAAUCGGAGAAUAGAUUCGGCGCAACGUCGCCUGGAGAAAACGCCUGAUGAAAUACGACAGACUAACCAUCUGCUAUCGCAAAUAUCUGACUUGAACAAAACAAUCAACACCGGGUUAGAGGAAACUGCUAUUCUUGGUGAGCUUGGUGCCGUGGCUACGGCUAUUGAUGAGUUUUACAAAGUGCGGACUGCGAAACACCAAAAGGAGUCAUUAGAACGCGAUCUCAAGGCACUUGCGGAUACGUCGGGCCCUUCAGGCCACCAGAAGUUGCAAGUUUGCGACGUUUGUGGAGCCUACCUAAGUCGAUUGGACAACGACCGGCGGCUCGCAGAUCAUUUCUUUGGCAAGAUGCACUUGGGAUAUGCAAAAAUGAGAGAAACAUAUGGCAUCUUGCAAAAGGAGAUGAAGGGACAGCCGCCUUCUAGGCAUGAUGACGGCCCCUCAGUACGCGGUGAUUCCAGCUUCGACGAUGGUGGAUGGGGCCGAGACAGCGGCGGAUACGGCGGUCGCUCCUACAGAGGCAGUGGAGGUGGCCACAGGCGGAAAGGUGGUGGCGGUGGUGGUUACAACCGAUGGUGA